CAAAAGGAUACUAAUAUGAUUUCAUCCCCCUUUCAGAUUCUUCCCAAAACCACUGGGGCAUGUAUCGGCAUGCCGCAGGUCCGAAACGUUCUCACCCAGCCAGGCACGACCAUCAUCCUUGCGUCACUCCCAGGCUCGCAGAAUGUUCCCCAGCCCAACGCCUCUGUCUUAUUGCCCUCCACCUCCGCGAUCAUGCUCAGCGGUCCAGUAGGGCAGCAGCCAGCCUCCUUAAUCGUGCCCUUGAAAUCGCCAAGCAAGGUGGGGCUGGUUCCGGCAGCUGGCAGACACCACCCGCCCUUGCUGGCACCGAAGGCUGUCUUGCCCAAAGUUGAACCAGUGAGACCAAUCCUCCAAGCAAGAACAGCAAAAAAAACAGUACAAGGAGAGGAGACACGGACUUCCCAGGGAAAGGAAGGCGAGGUGCCAAGAGGACCCAACGUCAAGUCUAUCCUGCCCAAGGUCACUGCAGGAGAUGCCCACACGCUCAUCCUAGUGUCUGCACGGACACCAGACCUCCUGCCGUCAACAUUCUCUGCAGGUGUGCCUUCGAAAAUCACGUUGGGCAUGAAUUUAUCCUCCCAGACUCAGACCAGCUCUCAGGAAGGAGGCCAGAAGGGAGGCAAGAAGAGGAAGGAAAGGAAAAAGAAACCAGGCCUGCCAACGCAGCAGCAAGAAAAGGCCAUAACUAGCAUAGGGAGAAUUGCAGCCAGCUUGGAAGCUAAACACACUGCCAAGAGAGAAAGUCUGAGCAAAGUUGUUGAGAAGAAAGCAAGUACCAAGACUUUCCCCUCAAGCAGCAUUGUAGCAUCAAAGAGUUUUUUGAUGCUGGACGAUCUGAGGUCAAAAGGAUGCAGCACAGCUCGUCCCGCAGCUGCAUCAGAAUAUAUAGUUUCCAGCCAACCAGACUUGUGCUUCCCAAAGCAGAAUCGUGUGGACAUCCCCCCGCCUCCCUACCCAAAGUCAUCCAGAAGCCGAAGCAUAGACUUAGUCCUCCAAGAAGUAGAGUCACGAGUGCAAGACUGGUGCUCAGAGCUAGACUCUCAGAAUCCACCCCAGGGGAUCACCAAGGGGCACGAGGCGGGCUUCCAAAACUCCUAUACAUCACAGUUCAAUAACAUGGAUUCCUCUGCUUCAAUGAAGGGCUCAUGUGCAUCACCAUUAUACUCCACUAACGCUAACAAUGAACUUAAAAGUUGCCCUACACCAGUGUCUUCUCAGCUGUUCUCUAGUUCUUCCCCGAAAGCCAAUCUUUGCUUUUCCCCUCCCACAUCCCCUGUCUAUGUUGCACCAGUCACUUCACAGCCAAAAGUGACAUUCAGCAUGAUGCAGCAUGAGUCAUUGGCCAAUCAGAUGUCUCCAGCAUACUCCUCACCAGUCAAGCCUCAUCAGGCAUCAUCAUCUUCAAGUCAAGUGGAGGAUAGUAGAAUCUCUGGCUCAUGUCAGCCUCAGCCUCCUUCUUACUCUGCAUCUUCUUGCGUUCCACGGCUGAAUACUUCGCAUUCCUUGUCUACAAGCAUCUCUCAGAUGAACACGUCUCUGAAUCAUUCCUCCUCUCACUACUCUGACAUUUCAUCGCCGCUUCCAGAAACUUCGUCUUCUUUGGGCAUUCAGAAAGGGGUGCCAUCAUCAACAGCUUGUUUCGCUUUCCACUCAGCGUAUGGAGACUUGUCACAGGCCAACGAGACAGGGCAAGAGUCCUCUCUACCUUCCAUUACAUCUUCAGCAGUGGGACCAGUCUGUAACCAGACACCAAAUCAGAGUGUUUAUUCAUAUUCAUCAAAGUCUUCAACUGCUUUCCGGGAAUCACCGCAGCCCUUUUCACAGGCCUUAUCAUCUCCUUUCUAUGCUGAUUCUCAGCAGGCUCUGCAGGCAGAACAUUACAUCCAGUCGCCACAUCAAGCUUCAUAUCUUCAGUCACCACAACCAGAAACAUUUAGUCAUACUACUCAUGCAGUAACUUAUACUCAGUCUCCUUAUACCCCACCCCCACACACAGCAUUGUACAGUGAAACUCCACAGUCAAACAUUUACAGUGAGCCUCCCCAUUCAGUGGCAUAUGAUCAGUCAAAGUUCUUUUUAAGGUCAGAAAAUGAUGAUACUUUUGCACAGUCCCCCCAGCCUUUUACAAAUAGCAUAGCAUCCCACCAGUCUCCCAUCACUAAUGGCCACCAAUCGCCACAACCAGCUUCAUUCGCUGCUGGACGCAUUAAUUCUUAUUCUGAAUCUCCACAGCCAACAGCAUAUUGCAAUUCCCCUCAAAGCGCGCCAAUUGCAGUACAAAGUUCUGCAGCCAACAGCCUAGGAAGCUCCAUCCCACAUGCUCCUCUCCUGCCCUCGUAUUCCUUCUCAGAGCAUACACCCUCAAAUUAUUUAACUUCAUCCAGUCCUAUCAGCUCUAGCAUGUACAGCUCUCACCAUACAAGCCUAACCCCAAACCCUCAGGUGUGUGAAGAUACCAAGGGAAUUCCAUCAUCUGUAGCAUAUACUAAUGAAAGGGUCGAUUGCACAGGUGUAGAGAGAUCCCACAAUCCUCCUUCGUACGAGGCACACUUCCAGAACAACACAGCCUAUACCCGUCCAAAUCAACCUGAUGCCGAACUGUCGCAACAAAUGGCAAUGUCAGCAUUAGACCCAGAUCUUUCCAGUUAUCCUAUGGGUUGUCACAGCCCAAGAUUCCUCGAGCAAGACCUGGCAGACAUGCAGGUGGAUCCAAGGUCAUGUGUAAGGUCUCCUCCUGCAUAUCCUUCUUUGCCAUCCUUGCCCCCACCUCCUCCUCCUCCAAGCUAUACAUCCAACCCACACAUAAUCCCUCCAGUGCACAGUUCCCCUUACCCUUCCACGUCAUCUGUACAAGGUUCCCCCUACCCUGUCACAUCCACACAAAACUCCCAGUACCCCAUUGCAUCAGGAUUAAGCAAUGCCAUGAAUGCAUAUAAUGCUCUGGAUUCAGCCAACACCUUCUUUCCUAAUACUCCUCCUGUUGUACCACCAUCUGCUGCCACCCACCCACCAAUGGACAGCCAGCCAUGCCUCACACAGACCAGUCACUCUGAGUCUGAUAGCUUCUCAAAUUGCUCCAAUGCCUUAUCUUCUUCUUCAUUCCCAAGUGCCUUAUACCUUCCGUCAGGAGAUUCGUUGGAAGACUUUGAGGAUCAGGAGUCUCUCUUAAAACCCCAGAGUCGGAACAUCAGGCUAACUGACAACCAGCAAGCCAUGCACAAGCAAUACAGUCAGGAGUCUUCCAGUCUGGAGGCAAAGGGCAGCAAGAAGAGUGGAGCUCCAGGUGCCGAGUCCUCCCAGGUUCACAAUAUCAUUGAGCGUGCAGAGAGGCUGUGGUUCAUCCCCCACCAGGAACAGAAUAGAGCCUACAUCAAGAGGAAGGAGCUGGCCAAAGACUUCUUGAAUUCCUCGGAGCUGCAGUCAAGACGUGAUGCACUUUUGAAGGAGAAGUUCUGGAUUGAAGAGGAUGAACCCAUCGCCCAGGAGAUAGUCUUGUCCGCCACCUCCUCGGCCGCCUCUUCCGGCACAAACCCCAAGGACCCUAAGGACUCUAGAGACCUCAAGGAUGGGAAGGACAUCAGGGACGAGGCCACGGCAUCCACCAGCACGAACGCCUUGAUGCUCAGAGCAGGACAUCAGCACGCUCAGGACAGCAAGGGCAAGAAGAAGCGCAACAGGGAGAUGCUGUGCCAGGUGUGCGGGAAGAUGCUGAAGGGGCGCGGCAGUCUACGAUCACACCUGAACAGCCACCGCAGCAUCCAGCCUCACUCAUGUGCCUACUGCCCCAAGAGCUUUACAAGCCGCAGUAUCUUGGUUGCACACCUGCGUAUCCACAGCGGUGAGAUGCCAUUUGUGUGCAGCAUUUGUGACACAGCAUUCCGAACGCAGUCAGGCCUCCACCGCCACAGAAGCAAGCACAGCACAGAGCGCCCUCACAAGUGUUCUGUAUGUGCCAAGGCCUUCAAGACGAAGCUCGUGCUUCAGCAGCACCUGAAGCUCCAUCUAACAGGCCUGUUUACCUGCUCAGACUGUGGCAAGACAUUUGAGAGGCACCGGUCUCUAGCAGUGCACAAGGCAUCCCACUAUCACAGUUCACAGCGGUUUCCGUGCCCACACUGCCCUAAGUCAUACCACUUCCAGAGCCUGCUCAAGCACCACAUGCAAGUGCACUCAAAUGAGUACAAACAUGUGUGCUCUGUGUGCAGCGAGGCCUUUGUGUGGAGUAGUGGCCUAGCAGCCCACAUGAAGACACACUCAACAACAAGGCCACAGUGUGAGGUGUGUGGCAUGCGCUUUGCCUCUAAGAAGCGUCUUGAGACACACUCCCUGAAGCACGGCAACCCCAAGCCACACCGCUGUGAUAUAUGUGGCCGCUGCUUUGCCCACCCAUACCGCCUAGUCUCCCACAAAAUGGUACACGAAGAACACAAGGACUUCGCUUGUCCCAAGUGCUCGCUCGUCUUCCCUUCAGCCAAGAAACUCCGGAAGCACUCAGCCGAACACACUAAGGAAGAGCCCAGGAUUUGCCCUCUCUCAGGCACUGUGGAAAUCACCAAAAGUGGAUAAUUUAUUUUUCUUUUCUUUUCUUUUUGGAGGUGGAGAAUAUAAAUAACAUGUUUCUUCUCAAAAAUGUGAUAUUAGGUAAUAAGAAAUGCCUCUGCAACAUGUCUCAGGAAAGGUAUGUGCUAUGCAUUCCUAGUCAUAUCUGUUAUCAUGAUGGAAUAUUAUUUACCAUUAUAACUUGCUUUGACUAUAAUAAAGAAAAGAACUGUUAUA